AUGGGGGCUUCAGAGUCCAAGCUUGUCUUCAAACAGGGCAUCUUCCGCCUCUCCGAACAGGAGAUCCCCGCAGACGACCCCUACUGGACCAGAUUUUGGGAGCUCCCUGAAUCCACCGAAGAUGUAUUCAGCCUGUUUACACCAGCUGACAUCCGACGAACUCGCGAUCAUGCCUUACCCAAUUUCCAAACCCUCAUACUCGCAGUGACUUCGCGGCUCACCCGCGAUGUUCUCAACUGCAUCCGCAUCCUCACCCGUCUACUCCCCUAUGUUUACGAAGCGGAGCACCUGGAGGGAUGGGAAGAGAACUUCUUCUGGGCGCGUCGGCGGAGGAUGGCCCGACGAGCCCAAAUCUCCGGAGAGGUUCUUUUCGACGAAGCACAACCUGAGGACCAGGAGGGGGAGCCGUCACCACGCUCCGACGAUUACGAGGAUGUCAAGCCUUUGGCCGAGGAACUCAUAGACACCUUGAUUGACCUGCUCUUCUUCGCCGAUUUCACAAUCCCUCGGCUUCCGACUGCUAAGAGUAAGGUCUCGUAUUCGAUCUGGCAGAGCGGUGUUGGCUGCAACACAGCUAUGGGAAGCAGCAAAGCAUAUGAAAGCAACCGAUGCGAGAUCCUGCGACUUUUGCUCACGCUGACUGGAAAGGCUAUGUAUUUACCUUCAAACACAUUACCCGUUCAAGGCGUCCAGGCCAUCACAUACAUCACGACGUGCCAGGAUAAACAGGUCGUUUUGACUGUUCUCUGCUCCCUACUCAAUACGGCAAUGAAGUACAAUCCCGCGUCGUGGAGGGUCCCAUACGACCAUGUGGUCUGGAAAGAUCCCAAGCAGAUACUGGUCAUCUAUUGCGUGCAACUUCUCCUGGUUCUCUUGAUGUACCCUAUUCCAGAGGACGGUCGUGGAACACCGCCUAAGAAUUAUUAUCGACAUUACUUUGGCAGGUUACAUAGACCCCAGGACUUCCAAUUCAUCGUGGAUGGCAUGACCAGGAUCUUGAAUCAACCGAUGCAAGCUACAAACUCUUAUCUUCCCGGAAGCCAAAAAUCGGUGAAAUGGGCACCCGAGAUGCUGGUGCUUUUCUGGGAGACGUUGCAAUGCAACAAGCGCUUCCGUUCUUUCAUAAUAGAUUCCAACCGCUCUCAUGACUUCCUCGUUCUGUGUGUCUUUUAUGCGACAGAAUAUAAAUCAGAUCCUUCCAAGCAAGGCAUCGUGCGAAUGUGCAUAUUCAUUCUUCAAACGAUGAGUGCGGAACCCACCUUCAGCAAGAGCUUGAACAACCCGUUCGAGGCACAAGACACCCUACCACAGUCCAUUCGGUUGCCCAAAUUUCGAGGAUCCUAUGGUGACUUUUUGAUCAUGUCUAUCCACACUUUGAUCACAACAAGCAAAGGAAAUCUGGAUACAGUGUACCCCGCUCUCUUGAUCAUUCUGAGCAACAUCGCCCCAUACAUCGAGCAUACGUCUGCAGGCGCGUGUUCUAAGGUCAUUCAACUCUUCUCCGCCAUGUCUGCUCCCAGCUUCUUGUUGGCAAACGAAACAAAUCACACCCUUCUCGCUUCGCUGCUUGACUUCAUCAACAUCGUCAUCGAGCACAAAUUUACUGAAAACCCGUACCUUGUAUACGCUAUCUUGAAGUACAGGCAACGCUUCGAGGCUGUGCGAGCUUUCACCCUCGAAAGUGGCCAGCAGGAAAUCGAGCGCCAGAACGAAAGGAAGAAAGCCGGAAGUUCUUCUGAGACAGCUACUAGUCCGACACUCUCCCAGUCAGAAGAUGAUCUGCAUAGUCAGUCCCGAUCAUCAUUGGGUCGGAUUCCUGAGGAGAACAGUCCAUUUGCCAUCGGCGAUGAUGAUUCCGAUGAUGAGCAGGACAUGGAUGGACCGCAAACACCAUCUCAGUCUUCACCAUCAGCCCAGACCUCAAGAAGACCCUCUAUUGCUUCUACCAUCGACGAGAAUGGUACAUCGAUGGUUCGCGGCAUGUCUGAAAAGGCACGCGGAAAGAAACCAGCCGGUCAUCCUCCAUUCUCUCGGCAGAACAGCAUGACCAGUCAAACAAGCAUGACCGCUUUCUUCACUCCCUCUGCGAGUGGUUUCACACCAACUGUGCCUUGGCUUGAGUCCUGGUUACCCGAGCUUCCUCUGCAUUCGAUUCUAACCAUCAUCUCGGCCAUCGCACCGCACAUCCCCGAUGCAGCCCUUCAAAGCUCAACCAGCUCAGAAGCUCGAACGCUCAUUCAUAAUCUCCCCUCCUUCGCCGACGAGCCGGAAGUGAAGAGCAUCAUAUCAGAGCCAACGCCUGUCCGCAUCCAGUCAUUCGAAUGGUCCGCGCUCUCCAUGGGCUGGUAUGAAUCCCUGUUAUGGGGCUUUAUCUUCUCCAGCGAGAUGGUAGUCGGAUCCGCCGCCGGCGCAACACCAGGAACCGUUGGUGUCUGGAACGGCACGGCGAUCAAGCUCUUCCGGGUGCAGGAAGCGGCUGCCCUGGGCCCAACGUUACUUGCGCCCAAGGGUGCAGUCGAUGCCGUUGGUAGCAAUCUGGUUCAGAGAAUCGGAAACCUCAGUUUGAGGGGCCGAGACUCGACUUCUCAGGAGGCCGGUGCCCCUUCACCGACUGUGAGGGAGGUUUAG